UUUAGAGACAACACAUUCCAUAUCUUGGAACGCUUUUUUGGCCUGUAUUCCAGACACAAAAGACUGCCUCAUUUUUUUAAGGUGUAUUGGAGAGUGCGCUUGUGUACAUGAGCAAGGGAAUUGGGAGGGGCAGAGGGAGAAGCUGACUCCCCACUAAGCAUGGAGCCGGACACCGGGCUGGACCCUUGGACCUGGAGAUCAUGACCUGAGCUGAAGUUAGACACUUAACUGACUGAGCCACCAAUGUGCCCAAAAAGACUGUGACUUCGAGUGUAUCCCAGACUAGGAACGUUCUCCGCAGAGGAGCAAAGUCUAAGCAGACGUGAAAGCAGCCAUUGUGCUUGGGCCACAAGAUGGCGCCAAUCUGAGGGGACUGGGGGUACCAGUGGUAGGAAAAGGUACCUUCUUAGGGGUCUGGAGCCAGGCCGCGAAGUCUGCAGAGGUGACUCGUGUUUAUAAAGCAGUUCCUGUAGUGCUAGUGGGCCUGGCAGAGAGCCAUCAGACAGGACAUGACCCUAUGGCCAGAACUGCUUGUCAUGAGGGAAGUUCUGUCAAACCCACGAAGUCAUAAAGUUGGUUGGGUUCAGCCACUGUCCAUUGUGAAGCGGAAGAUCCUGCUGGGUUAGAAGCUGUAGCUGUGCCUGAACACUUUAUCCUCUUUGUGUCCAGCACCCAACUGGUAAGAAAAAGGAGCCCCAUCUUGGUGGGAGUAAUUGACCCAGAUUAGGAGAGAUAGAGCUGCUUUUAAACCAGGGGAUAGAGAGGAAUAAAUUUGACUCCCAAGGGAUCCAUUUAGGGGCUCAGUACUCCCUUGCCUCAUUGUGCCACAGCCGCCUCUGCAAGAGGCACAGGGUGCAGGGGCUCAGACGCUUCAGAGAUGGGGUGUGAGCCAGGCCACCUGGCAUGCUAGCAAGGACAGCAGAGUGGUAGGGACCUUGAAGGGAAUCUACAAUGAAUAAUGAAGAAAAGACAAGAUGAGGAGAAUCGAUGCAUUGGAACCUAGGAGAAGGCCUUAAGAAAAUCAGUGUGACACGUUGACAGGUCAGUGGAGAUGAGUGGACAAGACCCUCUCAGCCUCUUGGAUCUUGCAGCACAGAGCCUCCUGAAUGAUGAGGACUCAGCUGUCCGUGCCCUGGAGAAGCUCCCUGUGGGCCUCUUCCCAACACUGUCCACGGCAGCUUUUGAUGGGGGACACACGAAGACUGUGACAGCAAUGGUGCAGGCCUGGCCCUUCCCCUGCCUCCGUCUUGGAUCGUUAAGAGAUCAGUCAAUAACUCAAGACCUCUUGGAAGCUGUCCUAGAUGGGCUGGAAUUGGUUCCUACCAGUGCUGCUUGCCCCAGGAGAUCGAAGCUGAAGGUGCUAGAUUUUACCCAUGACUUUGAGCACUCCAACUGGGAGGAGUGCUCUGAGACGACUCCUGCCCCCUUUGUCAUCACUCACAUGCUGGAAGAGCCGGAGGCAGACCCGCUGGUGCCCAAUUCCAAAGAACAACCUCCGCAUCACCGAGAACCUGUGGAAAUCCACACAGACCUUUUCCUUGGCGGUUUGUUCGGCUUCUUCCACCUGUCGGGGUUCCCCUCAUACAUACUGCAGAGAGUUGAGAAGAGCCAUGGCUGUCUGCGCCUCCGCUGUCGGACCCUGGUCAUCAACCAGGUGCCGUUGCGCAGCCUCGUCGAGAUCCUGGGAAUGCUGGAGCUGGAGACCAUCCGAGAGGUGAGGCUUCAUCACAGGAGCAGGUUCUGCUUCCGGUCGGACCUGAUCCAGUUCUUCACCCAUGUAGGGCAGAUGAGCAACCUGGGCCACCUUAUCAUGAACGACAUCCCCUGGGAUUUCCCUGCAGACUGUUUCUCCUUGCUGAGUCCACUGGGCCACCUCCAGAAGCUCCAUCUCAUCUUUGGCUGUCUCUCAGGCCAGCUACAGAAGAUGCUGAGUGGCCUGCAAAAACCACUAGAGACACUGGUGAUUAAUGGAUGUAGGCUUACUGAGAAUGACAUCACUUACUUAUCCCAGAGCAUUCAUGCCACCCACCUGAAGGAGUUGGUCCUCUGUGGCAAUAAUCUAUCCCAAAUGGUUCCUGGGCCCCUCGAGGUUCUGCUGGGGGAGGUGUCAGGCACUCUGCAGCACUUGAACUUGAGAAGCUGCCGGUUGAAGGAAGCCCAGCUCCGAGCCCUGCUGCCUGCCCUGUGCUGCUGCUCUCACCUCCGCUCUCUGGUGUUCUACGACAACGUCAUCUCCACCUCAGGCAUCAUGAACGUGCUGCAGCGCUUAGCGGGGCUGAAGGAGCUGAAGCGUGUGCAGUACCCUGUCCCUGCUGAGUGUGUUGUAUACUUGGAUGAAUACAGGUGGGGGAACCUCAACAGAGUGGAGCUCGCCCGCGUGCAUGCCAAGUUGCAGGAAAUGUUGCAGGCACUACGGCGGGCCGAUAUGGAGUUGACGAACGCGACCUCAGUGGCCUGACUUAUGAGAAUGCACAGCUGACCUGAUGGGAAAGAGGAGCAGCAGUGGAUCCUGGAGCUGUGGCAGUGGAUUUCCUGAGGAUGGUGUGGCUUUGAAGAAAACUAUGAAAACAAGAUAAAACACGACAAACGCUGUGGUGGGGACUCCUAUUUCUGGAUCCAACUGGGGCUCCCUUACUCAUUACAUCGACAAGCACUGGUCAAAAAUCGAUCCUGGAGGUGCUGUUUUGGUGCUGGAUAUAAAAAGAGAGAGUCUCCCA